CGAUAACGCCCGAGUCGGCCCGCAUCGGUCCGCGCGUCGGUCCCCGUCAGUCCCGGUCCGACGGCGCGCGCGUGCGGAUCGUCGACGCGACCCCUUGGUCCGGGAUGGUUCCCGCGACGACCGCGCGAUGAUCUUCACGGGGCGGUCGGUCGACGCGCUGGACGAGGGCCGCGAGGAGAGGCGGGAGCCUCCUUCCGCCGGGUGGUUCUCCAGCCUGAGGCGACCCGGCCGGAAGCUCAAGAAGGCCCAGCGGAAGCAGGCCAAGAGCGCCUGGGACCUCGGCGCCCUCUCCGUCUCCACGCAACUCAAGGAUGAGCUGGGCGAGGUGGUGGCCGAGAUGGAGACGUUGGAGGGCGGGGGCCUGGCGCCCGACGAGUCCAAGCCCUCCAACAAGGCGAAGCAGACCUCGAUCGGCCGGAAGAAGUUCAACAUGGACCCGAAGAAGGGCAUCGAGUACCUGAUCGAGCACGGGCUGCUCACGGCGACCCCCGAGGACGUGGCCCAGUUCCUCUACAAGGGCGAGGGCCUCAACAAGACGGCGAUCGGCGACUACCUCGGCGAGCGACACGACUUCAACGAGAGGGUCCUCCGGGCGUUCGUCGAGCUCCACGACUUCACCGACCUGAUCCUCGUCCAGGCCCUGCGCCAGUUCCUCUGGUCGUUCCGGCUGCCCGGCGAGGCCCAGAAGAUCGACCGCAUGAUGGAGUGCUUUGCCCAGCGGUACUGCCAGCUCAACCCCAACAUCUUCACCAACACCGACACCUGCUACGUCCUCAGCUUCGCCAUCAUCAUGCUCAACACCUCCCUGCACAACCCCAGCGUCAAGGACAAGCCCUCGGUCGAGCAGUUCAUCUCGAUGAACCGCGGCAUCAACAACGGCGGCGACCUGCCCAGGGAGCUCCUCGUGAGCCUCUACGAGAGCAUCAAGACGGAGCCCUUUAAGAUCCCGGAGGACGACGGCAACGACCUGAUGCACACCUUCUUCAACCCCGACAAGGAGGGCUGGCUCUGGAAACAAGGCGGACGGUACAAGAGCUGGAAGAGGCGGUGGUUCAUCCUCAACGACAACUGCCUCUACUACUUCGAGUACACGACCGACAAGGAGCCCAGGGGCAUCAUCCCCCUGGAGAACAUCCAGGUGAGGGAGGUCCAGGACCGGCACAAGCCCCACUGCUUCGAGCUCUACGCCGCGGGCUCCGAGUUCAUCAAGGCCUGCAAGACCGACAGCGAGGGCAAGGUCGUCGAAGGAAAGCACACCGUCUACCGGAUGUCCGCGGCCACGGACGAGGAGAAGGACGAGUGGAUCAAAUGCGUCCGGCAGAGCAUAUCCCACAACCCGUUCUACGACAUGCUGGCCGCCCGCAAGAAGAAGGCCCAGAAGACGAACGUCCACUCCAAGAGCUAAGGACGGACGCCGCCGUGGAGCGAGGACGAGGGGCCGAGGAAGCGGACGACCAAGGACACGACCAAGAGCACGUACGAGGGUACUCCGCGAAUCGACGGGGCUCGGCCCUCUUCGGCAUCUUCGAGGAGGCUUUCGGGGACGGAUCCUGCGAGAUCGUCAUUUUAGACGGUCUCGGGUGACUCCUUUUUGUACAGACGCUAGGUAACUCGAAGUAGCGCUUUUCUAAAACUCGGCGUCUCGGAUUUCGCUUUCGCGUUGCUAGCGGAUACGGGAUUCCCUAGUGGGAGUUUGCUCCGAAUCAAAGAAUAGGGCUUUGGCUGCUCGCGAGGCAACGCGCGAGGGGCGCGUGUUUAUUGUGAUAGCCGUUUAUUUAUUUGCGAGCGUGUAGAUAAUUUGUCCGUCUGAGUAAUCGCGCGAUCGAACGCCGCAUGCCAUUGAUUUAUUUGCAAUCGACGCGUACGGAUUGUACGGCGUUGCCAGGCCCGUAUUCGGGAAUGACCUCGGGUCUGCCGCCGAGAGGAAAACUCGAAUCUCUCCUUGGUUUCUUUUCCGUGUCGAGGCGAAUCUCCGAAUCUUGCAGGAUACUCCUUGGAGUAUCGCUGGACUGUCGACUGGAAAUUAUAUCGAGAGAGGACGAGCGCCGCGGACUGUAAGAUAUAUUUCAAGGGCGCCGACUCGUCUCCUUUCCGAACGCAACGCGGCCGACGUUUUCGCCGUUAAUUCUAUACGUGUAUAAAUACGCAUAUACAUUUAUCUAUGUCUGUAUUACGUACGGAGUAUGUAAGUCCUAUAUAUAUAUAUACAUAUAUAUCGCGAUAAUGUAACGAGGGAGGUCGUACAUCGAAGACACAGCUGGUUAACCGUUCUCGGUGUAACACCCUCGAGCGCGGAGGCGAAUCGUUCCCUCGAGGGGAAUUUGACUCGAGACCGAGACGCGCGGUCUGCCGGUCGACUCUCUUUUCGAAAGCUUAUGUAAUAUUUGUACCGCGUAUCGAAGUCCGAGGAAGUCGGAGGACUUGCCGAACCUCCGCAAGGUGCGGGAUGGCCGAUGGGUCGCGUGUCUGGAGCAAUGACCGUGUAACAUAGAUUCGUUUCGUCCUCGGUGGGAGAAAUCGGACCGAUCGAACGUAUGUCCUUUCUUACCUCGAGUCGGCAAAGAAACGGGAGUCGUACCUACGUAGGUAUCCCUGACAUUCCUUCGGUACCGAUUCUGUUUCUCGAGCAUGUCGCGCUCGUUUGAUCUUUAGGAAAUUUGUACAUUAUUCCGUGUAAUGUCGCUAUGAUUUUUAUUUGUACCUAACUAUGUAAGCAUUAUACAAUGUGCAGCAAGGCGGUAUCCUCGAGCAGUUGUGUCUUAACUUAAAAUGUGAUGAAUAAAUAUCACUCCUGUUUCUAAAAAA